UUUAUCUCUUCUACAUCUCUGCAGCUCAGCGCCAUAUUUUCGUCACAUUUUUUUCAUUAUGAGAUUAUAAAAGGAUUUGAAAAGCUUCGGUUGUUCGUCUGAUUUGCGACAUGUCUACUUUAAGAUCCUCUUCCAGCAAGCUAAACGUGUUGGUCAACAGGCUUCAUGAAUAUCUGGCUCAUUCCAACAUUGAGGACGACAACGACAUAUGCACAGCUGAGGAUUCUAAUGAUCGGACAAACAAAAGCUGUUCUGCGAGGAACUCUGGUCAUAUCGCUACAGAGGCAGCGCUGGACACUAGAUACUCAAGAAGGAAACCUUCAGUUGUCGUAAAGCACUCGGGACUGGAUGAAUCUGGAGACUCGAAUGCAAGUGAGGACUUGGAUUUUCCCGUCAGUUCCAACGGACACAUCGAUGUCACUAGAUUGCCUAAAGGCACGGUGCUGGUCAGACCUGAACCAGUUGACAUUAUAAGAGAUGACUUCAGGGGUCCAGAGUUUCGCAGCCGGAAACCCAACGUUCUGCGGAAAGAGUUUUCCAGGAGACGUGGAGGAGAGCAAAACGUGGGAAUUGUGUGUUGCACUGCGUGCGGCCGACAAGUUAACCACUUCCGGAAGGACUCCCUUUAUCGACAUCCAGUUCUGAAAGUACUUAUAUGCAAGGCUUGUUACAAUUAUUACUCAAGCGAUGACAUCAGCAAGGAUGGAGAUGGAAUGGAUGAGCAGUGCAGGUGGUGUGCUGAAGGUGGAAACUUGAUUUGUUGUGACUAUUGCAGCAAUGCUUUCUGCAAGAAAUGCAUUCUGAGAAACCUCGGAAGGAAAGAACUGUCCAGCAUUUUAGAGAGCAAGUGGUACUGUUACGUCUGCAGUCCUGAGCCUCUUUUUGACCUGGUGAUGGCAUGCGACAGCGUCCUGGACAAUAUAGAUAGCCUGUGGUGUCAACAGCGAAAGAAGAAUCGAGCUGAGCCGGGUAAACCUGAACUGUACCACAUGUCUCCACACCUGCCGCAGAAUAUUUCUUUGGAUAAAUGGGAUCACAGCGGCAUGGAUGGGAAUGUGAUCUUCAACUACAACACACUGCAAGUUUCCAAAGACACAACUAAAAAGGCCAAACAUCUAGUGGACUCGACAAAUGCUUUAAACAAAACAUUUCUCGGUUUCAUUCAGGAAGUAACGACAAACAAACGGAAGCCAGGGGUUCGUUUCUUGUAUUUGAACUCUUUUGUGGCUGUUGUUAAAGGUUUGCGAAAGUCUCUUGCAGCCCUGGAGGACAGCAUAAAAGAAGAAUUUAGCGACUUGGAGGUGUUGAGCAACUGGGAAAAGUUGCUUAGAAAUGAUGUUGAUGCUGUUGUAACGGGAGGAAACGUAGAGCUGGAUGUAACAGAUGAAAGAUGCUUGCUUGACCUGCAGAAACUGGCAACGGAGCAUUUUGAAGAUAACGAUUCUGAUUCAAAGGGAUAUAUAGACACGGCAAGUCCAACUGACUGCUCUCUGAAGAACAUGCAUAAAGGUUUUAAAGAAGCUAGGUGUAGAGCACAGAAGAUUAGCCUGACCCCUUCUGCAAAUCAGUCUGACGUGGUUAAAAAACUGAUUGUACAGCUCACACCUGUAGCUAUGGAGCAGGAGCAAUCUUCUGAUGCUCCAAAGUUAGAGGAGGGUUUCCAAAAAAAGGACAAUAUAGCAAAGGGAGAGCAUGUAUCAGAGGCUGAAGAAACAGGUGCUUUAAGUCCUAAAGCUGACAGCAAGUUGAGCAGUGACAGCUCCAGUGCUCCUCUUUUCCUAGAAGAGGAACAGGGCAAUAGACGGUCCCCUCGUGUGAAGACGACUCCUCUACGCCGACCGAGUGACGCCAAGACCAAAACUCCUCUGUUAGCAGGGGACAGUGACAGCGACUCUGAACCUGAGGGGACGCCAGACACCAUAACUGCAACAAACAGCAAAGAACCAACUUUGAUUAGAGAAAGAGACGAGACUGAUUCAGAUGAAGUCCCUGCUGCCCUGCUUGAACGAGCAGCUAUGACACAAAGCUCAGAUGAGCCUCAGAGCGACGAGGAACAGGGUCAAGCAUCGGCAAACAAAGUCGCCAAGAAAUGCCUGUUUUGGCUGACCAAGAGCAGCCCCAUGUCGCCAGAGAAGAUGCGUCGAAAACGCAAGCUGCUCGAUCGCUCCCCCGAGUCUGAGUCAAGCAGCAGACUGACCGGCGUUCAACAGGGGAGCGAGACGGAUUCCUCCAGCGAUGAUCAAGACUCCCAGAAGAAAAUACAACACUUGAAUACAGUGAGGUCGAUAGGGAUGCCUCACCUUGUCAAAAGAGAAGAAGAAGGCGUGGUUAGAAAGCAGAGGAGACUGCGAGCAGGCAAGUCUACAACCAAACCUCAUCGGGAUGCAACAGAUUCGUCAUCGUCAUUAAGUGAUGAUGAACAAGAUGACGACUCUGGGAGUGAUGGAAGUGUUCAGAAGAUGAAGCCCAUCACAGAAAAUGUGGCCUCACUCGGAGUAGCAGCAUUUCACCAAUCAUCAGGGGAUGAGGAGCAGUCCGGGCCCUCAUGGGCAGCAGAAGAUGAUGAUGAUCCAGAAAAUAGAAUCGCUAAGAAAAUGCUGUUGGCCCAAAUUAAAGCCAACUACUCCUCGGAUGGUGACAUUUCUUCGGAUGAUGAAACACAAGAGGGUGAUUCUGAGUCAGAAGAUGACGAGGACAAACGAGGCAAUGAAGAUAAUGGAACAAAUGAAAAUGGAGAGGAAGUGGCUUCAGAAUCAUCUGACAGCCAGUCCGACGAUCCAAAGCUCAGGCACCAUCUUCUCCGGCACAAACUCGCGUUAGACGAGGGAACGAGUGACAAGGCAGGGCUUGAGGACGAAGUAGGACCGCAGGAAAACGAAAGAAAAGAAAAGAGGAAACGAUCAUUCUCUGAUGGUGAAAGUAGCGCUGAGAUCUGCCAAGACAGUGAAGAUGUGGGAAUGAGCGAAGAACUGAGCGAGUCCGAGGAUGAGCGUGCUGAAGAUGAACUGCAGAGUUUUGACACAAAUGAAGACAGGGAGACAUCUCGUCUCAAAGAGAACACACAAGUGCAAUACAUUUUGCUGUCUGACACCAGCAUCGAAAAGAGUAAUGACGAGGAUUCAAAUGAGGAGAACAGCCAACUCAAAAGCACCCCGAAAGGCCGCAAAAAGAUCCGUAAAAUUAUUGAGGACGAGGACCUGCGUGCUGAGACUCAGGAAGCCCUCAGGGAGGAGGAGGAGAGACGCAAGCGUUUGGCAAACAGAGACCAACAGAUGGAAGACAGGAGAGAGAUCAUAGAUGAUGAGCAGUCUCAGUUGUGUCCCAUCACGACCAAGCUGGUCCUGGAUCAAAAUGAAGAGACCAAGAUGCCAAUUGUCCAGGUGCACAGGAACCUGGUUACAAGACUGAAGCCUCACCAGGUGGACGGUGUCCAGUUUAUUUGGGACUGCUGUUGUGAGUCUGUGAAGAAGGCCAACUCCUCUCCUGGAUCAGGCUGUAUACUGGCACACUGCAUGGGACUGGGAAAGACUCUGCAGGUGGUAGCGUUCCUUCAUACAGUGCUGCUCUCAUCAAAGCUGAACUUCUCAACAGCCUUGGUCAUAUGUCCACUUAACACCAUCCUCAACUGGGUCAGUGAGUUCAAGAAAUGGCAAGCUGACAUGGGCGAUGAUAAAGUUAAGGUGACAGAGCUGGCUACAGUGAAGUCUCCCGCGCUGCGUCUCAAAGCUGUGCUGAAGUGGCAGACAAACGGAGGUGUGCUGAUAAUGGGGUACGACAUGUACCGCAUCCUGUCCCAAGGCCAUAAAAUCAACACCGAAGAGUGGAAGAAAUUGUUGAAGAGUGCAUUAGUGGAUCCAGGUCCAGACUUUGUGGUUUGUGACGAGGGGCACAUCCUUCGCAAUGAAGCUUCGAGGAUCUCCAAAGCCAUGAACACCAUCAAGACCCAAAGAAGGGUGGUGCUAACGGGUACACCUCUUCAAAACAACCUUGUUGAGUAUCACUGCAUGAUGAGCUUCAUCAAGAAGAACCUGCUGGGCUCUCUGAAUGAAUUUCGAAACCGCUUCAUCAACCCCAUACAGAACGGCCAGUGUGCCGACUCCACCGCGAAAGAUGUCAGGGUUAUGAAGAAUCGAGCACACGUGCUUCAUGAAGUAUUGGCUGGAUGCGUGCAGAGAAGAGAUUACUCUGAGCUGACCCAGUUUCUGCCUCCCAAAUAUGAGUAUGUGCUGGCAGUGAGGGUCACCCCUCUUCAGUACAAGCUGUACCUCCACUACCUCAACCACGUCUCAGUGGGGGGGUCUGAAACCACAACAACAAAGAUGAGGACCGGAGCAAACCUCUUCAAGGAUUUCCAGGUUCUCAGCCGAAUCUGGACUCAUCCGUGGUGCCUUAAGCUCAGCGACCUCAGCAAAGAAAACAAGUGCGACCGGCUCUGGGUCAUCCUGGAAGGGUUCGGGGACGAAUCGUUCCUCUGCCGCCGGAGCAGGGAGGAAGGAGCAGCGAGGCGCAUGAUCCACGGCCCCGGGAAGAGAAGCGAGGUGCAGUUACUCAAAGAAGCAGAAGAGGAUGGUGGAAGCAGCACGAUUGUUGAUGCCCCUGAAGAUCACCCAGUGGUGGAAGGAGUGAAACCAGCAAGCAGUUUGAGUCAAAGUAAGGGCUGGUACAAGAAUCUGCUGCCUGAUGGUGACGCUAAGAUCCUGGAGCAUUCGGGGAAAAUGGUGCUUUUAUUUGAGAUCCUUCAAAUGGCUGAAGACCUAGAGGAUAAAGUGCUGGUCUUCAGUCAGUCUUUGAUCUCAUUGAACCUAAUUGAGGAUUUCCUUAAGGCUUCCCAUCGUGCCAGAGAUCCAUCCAAACCAGUGACUGAGGGCAGCUGGAUUAAGAAUGUAGAUUAUUAUCGGCUCGAUGGCUCCACCAACGCCUUGUUCAGGAAGAAGUGGGCGGAGGAGUUCAACAACUCCGCCAAUGUUCGUGGCAGGUUGUUCCUCAUUUCAACAAGAGCCGGGUCACUUGGCAUCAACCUUGUUGCCGCCAACAGAGUUGUAAUCUUCGAUGCUUCGUGGAAUCCCUCGUACGACGUACAGAGCAUUUACAGAGUGUAUCGCUUCGGGCAGCUCAAACAGGUGUUUGUGUACCGCUUCCUGGCUCAGGGCACCAUGGAGGAGAAGAUCUAUGACCGUCAGGUGACCAAACAGUCUCUGUCCUUCAGAGUGGUGGACCAGCAACAGAUUGAGAGACACUUCACUCUGAACGAGCUGACUGAACUCUACACGUUCGAACCCGACCUGCUCGACGACCCAAACUCUAAGAAGAGCAAGCGGCCCUCGCCUAUUUUACCACUGGACAGUGUCCUAGCGCAGCUGCUGCAAACCUGUAAAGACCAGAUAGUGUCCUAUCAUGAGCACGAGUCUCUGCUGGACCACAAAGAAGAAGAGGAGCUCAGCGACGCCGAGCGCAAAGCUGCGUGGGCCGAGUACGAAGCCGAGUCAAACACAGUCUGCCACCCAGUCAGUUCCAGGAAGGACUCUUUGGAUAAAAACACCAAUGAGAAGCUACUGCAACUUCUGAACAAAAGCAGAGCGCAUGUGUCAUUAGCGUUCCUGACUCUGCAUAAGAUGACGUCCUACUCCGUCGAGAUCUACAAGCAGCGACUGCGGCAGCAGUAUCCCCUCCUGCCUGAGCCCGAGCUGCAGAUGAAGGCCGAGUUCUGGAAACAGUGUGACGAUAAGAGGCGGGAAGUUACACAGGCCUUUUAUCGAGACGCUCUGGCACAGCAGCAGUCGCUCACGCUCAGAAUUCAGGCCAUCCUCAACAAACGAAGGAAACUCGUGACGCCCAUGAUGGUCAACGCUACGAACCAGCCGGAACAGACAUGA